AUGUCUUUGAGAGACACACCCGACCCAUCGACCAUGUCGAUCUCUUCCUCCGGCACGGCCACCAACACCGCUUCGUCCUCUUCCGUGGCAUCGACCCCUUCCCCAUCGAUGUCGAGCGCUGUCACCACCCCUUCAGCAUCUGCAGCGCGCCGUCCGCCUCGGAAAAGCACCCUGACCCAACAACAGAAGAACAACAAGCGACAAAGGGCGACACAGGAUCAGCUGGUCACCCUGGAAGUCGAAUUCAACAAGAACCCUACCCCCACGGCUGCGACACGCGAGCGCAUCGCUCAGGAGAUCAAUAUGACCGAACGUUCCGUUCAGAUCUGGUUCCAAAAUAGACGGGCCAAGAUCAAGAUGCUCGCAAAGAAGAGUAUAGAAACCGGCGAAGGCUGCGAUUCCAUCCCCGAGUCAAUGCGACAGUAUCUGGCCAUGCAAUUCGAUCCUACCAAAGCGGGUGUACGGGACCCCUUUGGUCGUACAGGCGGAUAUGGAGCAACCGGCGCUUACCUGAGCGAGUCGGCUCCCUCGGGCAAAGUUGUGAUUCACCACUUCACCUGCCGAUCGUUGACGAUUGGUAGCUGGCGGCGCAUCGGACAGAAUGCCAUGGACUUGGUGGUCUUUUACUCUCCCGAGAAGGCCUGCAUGACCUAUUACAUCAACAAUGAUUCUGCUGGUUACAAGAUCGAGUAUCCUUUCUCUCAUAUCAAGAACAUCACACUCGAGUCUGGCGAACACAACCCUUCGUCCACUGGUGCUCCUCCGAGACCCGCGGGCCUGGUCGUGGAAUUGAACCGUCCUCCACUGUUCUACAUGGACUCUUCCAACUCGGGUGGAUUCUAUCAGUGUGGGGAUUUCACCGAGGACCAGCAGGCCAGCCAGAUCAUGGUGCAUCAUCUUGGCGGUCAUCCCAAGGUCCUCAGUGUUCAGCUGGCUAAACUGGUGUCGCUGGAGUCCUUCCAGAACCGUCUGGCAUAUAACAACCUCGCGAUGGCCCCUCCCAUGUCGCCGCAAUUUAUCCAGCGUCCUGCCUCUCAACCCAAUCAAUUCGCGCCUGCGUUCCUGAACAUGUACCAAGACCAUUCCGCGCUGACCGUGCCGGUCAAUCGCGGACACAAGCGGCAACGGAGUCGUUCCGUUCCUGUUGCGGUUGAUUUCUCUGCCAUGCAGAUGAGCCCUUUCCCUUCGUACAAUUUGUCCCAAACCUCAGCCCCCUUCCACAAUGCGGACACGAACAUAUUUGCGCCGAUUCCUCAGUCGGCACACCCGAUCGCGAUGAAUUUGCGCAUCGAUACCUCCGCAUCCUACGGCUUUGAUCCUCGCGGACAUCCGAUGUCCGCUGCGACCACCACUUCCCCGUCUGACUUUGCGAGCCCCUCCCUCUUCACCACUUGUGCAACCGGCGAGUCUACCCCUGUUGCUGCGAACAUGGGACCGUCGUUCACCCUGCCGUAUGUCUCUUCAGCCAUGGAUUCGUCCCAUCUGGCGGGACAUACGGCUUCUCCGUACUCGACUGUUAGCCACGCGGAUCCGAUGAUUGCGGAGCAUUCGCCUCCCCUGUCAAACCUGGCCCAUACUCCGCAAGAUAUGUACGGACUGGGGAGCGAGCAACAGGGCAACUUCACCGAUGACGGCAUGGUCAUGAAUGGAAUGUUUUCCAAGCAGGGUAUGAGUUACUCGGUUCCCACCACCAUAAAUCUUGAAGGCGACACGUUCGACCUUCCUAUGCAAACCCUAUCCGGUCAGGCCUCGCCGCUCCUUUCAUCCGACUAUUCAGGUAUGAAAGGAGUCGAUCCUAACGCAUUGGCUCCGGGAUCAUGA